AUGUGCUUGGCAAUAGCGCCCUGUUCACGUCUCGGUGUACUAUCCCGGGAGCCUGGUGAUGAUAUGUUCCUGCCAGUACUGUCGCUUUUGCUAGAAAUAUUCAAUGAACGCAGCGUUCUUUCUUUUGGUGUGCUUUUUUUCAUUGCCAAAACACUGCCUGUCAUCGAGGUUCGUCGCCAAUAA